AUGGAGGGGAAAACGGUAAACUCAAACCAAAUUAAUUGGUGCAGUCGGGAAGAGUGUGAAAGUCAACCGUUAUACCCAACGUCACGAGUCGUUCCAUUGUGCCCAACUGUUGGGAACAGUUCAUUAGGAAGCUCGCGAUACCAGGCGUCCACCGGAUGUAAGCACGGCGGCACGGUUACUGACGAAUUCACGAAUCCACCGAUAGAGAGGGUUCUUUCGAGAUCUCUCUCUGAAUUAUUUACCGUCCACAUGGCUGGAAAUGCGACGAUGCUCAAGUCCGAAUCGGAGACGGGAGUCACAUGUACCAUGUUGACUUAUUCCAUUAUCGGAAUUUUCUCGAGUUAUAAACAACGCCCUCAACUCGAUCCCAGGCUUCCUGCCGAGAGUAUUGUGCAUAAAUUUCAUGCAUUGCUGAACGGACCACCACCUUAUUCUGAAGAUAAAAGAAGUUCUACAUGA